AUGCCAGAGAGUGAUAGCCACAAAAUUGCAGUCAACAACAUGUUAAAGGAAAUUACUGGCUCAGAUAUGGAUUCAGAAGUGAUUGAGGUGUUCAGGAUGGGUAGGAAGUCUGAUGAGAACAAGUCAAGACCCAUCUUGGUACAGACUGGCAAUGACUGGAGAUUUUAUGAUGUUGGAGGGUUUCCUGAGAUAAAUUGGGAUUCAUUCAGCUGUAAAGGUAAUAACGACAAAAUUGAGAACAAAUUUCUAAAUAUCUUGAAAGAUAAGUUUUUAUUACAAUACAUCAACAAUCCUACAAGAUUUAGAGGUGGUCAGUCAGCUAACAUCUUAUAUCUGGUGAUCUCAAAUCAGGAAUUUGUUAAAAAUGUAAUGAUUUAUCCACCUCUGGGAAUCACUUGA